CUGCAGAAAAUGAUGAUCAUAAAAGCCAACAGAUUAUUGGAAAUUACUUUUCUGAAGGAAUUGGAACCAGGAAAGAUAUCAUAAAAGCUAUAUACUGGUUAAACAAAGCAAAGGAAAAUAGGAAUAUAAGUGCCAAUUUCUUCUUGGAAAGAAUACUCUGGGAUUUAUUGCAAUAA